AUGGCAUGGUCGUUGACCGUUACCCAUAACACAGUGAUUAUUUCGCCAGCAAACUUGAAAAUUGGAGAUCUUAUUAUUUACCCGGAUGUUUAUUAUUCCAUGGUGAACAAUUUACUUACCGCUAUUGGCGGCAGUUUGGACAACGAUGGCUACUUCUAUGUUACUUCAACUAACGGUUUGGCUGCCUCUGUUUCGCUUCUCUCAGGCACCAUUAAGAACAAAGGAAUUGUUGCUUUCAACUCCAUGAGAGCAAAUGUUGUCAGUAGCUACAAUAUGAAUUCUAUUGGAGAAUUCUCUAACGAGGGAUUCAUGUGGUUUGGAAUUAGCUCUUUUUCUUUGACACCCCCAAUUGUCCUCGGAUCUGCAACAAACUGGGAUAACCUGGGUCUUAUUUACCUUAAACAAGAGUCUGGAACUCCUUCUGCUGUCACUAUAUCUCAAGCUCUAGGAUCUAUUAACAACGUUGGAGGUAUUUGUUUGGAGCGUUUGAAUUGGAUACAGACGACCAGUAUUAAGGGUGCUGGGUGUAUCAAUAUUAUGGAAGACGCCCAUCUUCAGCUUCAGCUCAGUCCAUGGACUGUUGAUAAAGAACAAACAAUUUACCUUUCAACCGGUUCCUCUUCAUUAUCUGUUUUUGGAUUAGCUGAAGGUCUUACAGGCACCAAGACUUUCCAAGUUGUGGGAUUCGGUGAUGGAAAUGAAAUCAGUGUUAACACUGGCUUCACAGGUCACAAACUACAGGGUACCGUAUUGAUUCUUACCUUCUUUGCUGGGUUAUUCAAGCUUGGAUUUGACAUUGGUGAAGGUUACAAGUCAAGUGAUUUUGUCACUAAUGGUCUUUUGGGUGCUGGUACGAAGAUUCUGUACAAGGGCCAUUACCCAGGUAACGUUCCUUCCGUAUGUGUAUGUAAGGAUUUCCCAGAAGCUCCAGUUGAGCCGUUGUCUUCAUCUAUAGUUGAGAGUUCCAGUGCUGUGUUUCCAUCUGUCCUGUCAGAGGUUGAAUCAUCUUCGAUGGAAGAUACUCUGAUUCUCGAAACGGGUUCUUCUUCUGAGCAAGAAACAUCAUCUAAACCAGAGGAAACGGAUGAUUCUUCCCUGACGGAAACAGACAUCUCGAUCAGCGAAUCUGUGGUAUCUCCUUCUGAUACUUUGACCGAAUAUACUACCACCUGGACCACCACGGACUCUGACGGUAAUCCUACGACAGAGUCUGGUGUUGUCAUUAUCACUACUGACGACGAAGGUUCUUUGACGACUACUACCUCCACUAUUGCUUACCCUUACACUACUUACACCUCGACAUGGACUACUUCUGGGCCUGACGGCGAGGCAACUGAAUCUGGUGUAAUUAUUGUAACCACCGAUGAUGAUGGCUCUCUUACAACGACAACUUCAGUAAUCCCAUCUGCUCCUUGGACCACUUACACAACCACUUGGACUUCCACCAACGAAGAUGGUACAACUGAGACAGAUUCUGGUAUAGUUGUUGUUACAAGCGAUGAAGAUGGAUCAACAAUUACCACUACUAUUGUGAUGCCUCCACCUUGGACAACUUUUACAAGUACUUGGUCUGCAGACGAUGGUGAUACCGAUUCUGGCGUGAUUAUUGUCACUUCCAAAUCUGAUGGUUUCUUGACUACCACCACAUCCACUUAUCCUCGGCCUUGGACUACUUAUACCACGACCUGGACUACUGAUGGUGAAGACGGAGACUCUGAAACUGACUCAGGUGUUGUAAUUGUAACUACCGAUGAAGAAGGUUCCUUGACGACCACAACUUCAACCAUUCCACGUCCCUGGACUACCUAUACUACUACGUGGACUACUGAAGGCGGUGAUGGCAGUGAAGAAACAGAAUCAGGUGUAGUGAUUAUCACCACAGACUCUGAGGGGUCUAUUACUACUACCACUUCCAUUAUUCCUUCGCCUUGGACAACCUACACUACAUCCUGGGUUACAACUGAUGACAAUGGUAAUGAGGUAACGGACUCUGGAAUAGUAGUGGUUACACCUGACGAUGAUGGAUCUCCUUCAACUACCACAUCCAUUAUUCCACGGCCAUGGACAACCUAUACUACCACUUGGACCACGGACGGUGAAGGUGGAGAUCCAUCGACCAAUUCUGGAGUUGUCAUUGUGACUACAGACUCAGAUGGAGAGUUAACCACAACCACUUCCAUUAUUCCUCCUUUGUGGACGACGUUUACGUCUACUUGGACCAGUGCUGAUGGUGACGGUAACCCUGUUACAGAAUCUGGUGUAAUUAUUGUGACAACAGACGAGGAUGGCAGUAUUACAACAACUACUUCCACCAUUCCUCCUCCUUGGACUACUUACACCACAACAUGGACUACAGAUGAUGACGAUGGUAAUCCAGCCACAGAUUCUGGUGUGGUAAUUGUCACUACCGACGACGAGGGUUCCUUAACUACUGUAACGUCGGUGAUCGAUCUGCCUUGGACGACUUAUACUACUACUUGGACUACAGACGGUGACGAUGGUAAUCCCACAACCGAAUCUGGAGUGGUUAUUGUAAUUACAGACCCAGAGGGAUCUUUGACGACCACUACAUCUGUCAUUCCUGCUCCAUGGACAACAUUCACGACGACUUGGACUACGUCAGACGACGAUGGUAAUUGGCAGACAGAAUCUGGCGUUGUCAUUGUUACUACAGAUGAAGAAGGACAGAUUACAACUACGACAUCUGUUAUUCCAAUGCCCUGGACAACAUAUACCACUACUUGGACUUCAGAUGGACCUGACGGGCCUGAAACAGCUUCAGGUGUAGUGAUUGUAACUACUGAUGAGGAUGGUGCUUUGACGACGACCACUUCUACUAUAAUGCCUCCAUGGACAACUUACACUACUACUUGGACGACAGAAGGUGAAGAUGGUACUCCUACUACAGAUUCUGGUGUUGUAAUUGUUACUACAGAUGAUGAAGGGUCGCUUACAACGACUACUUCUGUGAUUCCUCCACCGUGGACCACAUUCACUACUACAUGGACAUCUGUUGACGAAGGUGGUGAUCCAGUCACUGAUUCUGGUGUCGUCGUGGUAUCAACUGACUCCGAGGGUUCUUUGACCACUAUUACCUCGGUUAUUCCUCAACCUUGGACUACGUUCACUACAACUUGGACCACAACGGAUGAAAAUGGCGAUGUUGAAACCAACUCUGGUGUGGUGAUUGUAACGACGGAUUCUGAUGGUGCUUUGGCUACAACUACAUCUACAAUUGCAGUUCCAUGGACGACUUAUACUACUACAUGGACUACUACCGAUCAAGAUGGCGAGGUAGACACCAACUCUGGAGUAGUGAUUGUUACAAGCGACUCGGAUGGUCAACUUUCCACUACGACCUCGGUUAUUCCAAACCCAUGGACUACGUAUACAACUGCUUGGACGACUGUUGAUGAUGAAGGAACAGAAGUAACAGACUCAGGAGUGGUUAUUGUGACGACUGACUCUGAAGGUGAAUUGACUACUACCACCUCAGUUAUCCCACCUCCAUGGACUACUUUUACAAGUACAUGGACCUCUGAAAAUGACGAAGGUGACCCUGUGACUGAAUCGGGUAUUAUUAUUGUGACGACCGAUAAAGAUGGAUCUUUGACCACCACAACAUCGCUUUUCCCUCUUCCUUGGACUACUUACACUUCUACAUGGACCACUGGUGGUGAAGAUGGUGACCCUGUUACUGAAUCUGGUGUUGUAAUUGUUACAACAGACCCUGAGGGUUCUAUCACUACUAUGACAUCAGUUAUUCCAGCUCCUUGGACGACCUAUACUUCCACUUGGACCACUGAUGGUGAAGAUGGUGCUAUUGAAACCGACUCUGGUAUUGUGAUAGUGACUACUGACGAAGAUGGAUUGCUCACCACAACGACUUCUGUCUUACCUAGACCAUGGACGACUUACACCACAACUUGGACUACUGCUGAUGACGAAGGUAAGCCUUCCACUGAGUCUGGGGUUGUCAUUGUCACUACUGACCCUGAAGGUUCCCUUACAACUGUUACGUCUACCAUUGGCCAGCCUUGGACGACCUAUACGACUUCUUGGGAAACGUCUGAUAGCGAUGGAAACCCAGUAACCGAUUCUGGUAUUGUGGUUGUUACUACUGACGACCAGGGAGAAUUGACGACUUCCACUUCUAUUAUACAGCAGCCUUGGACUACUUAUACCUCGACUUGGACUACAUCGAAUGAAGAUGGUGGUAGUGAAACCGUUUCAGGAAUUAUCGUUGUGACUACUGAUGAAGUUGGUAGCUUAACUACAACUACCUCUAUUAUUCCAUCCCCUUGGACGACCUACACUACGACUUGGACGACCACUGAUCAAGACGGAGCCGAAGAAACUAUUUCUGGUAUUGUUAUAGUGACAACUGAUCCUGAUGGCUUGUUGACCACCACUACAUCCAUUAUUUCCCUGCCAUAUACCACUUAUACUACGACAUGGACUACUGACGAUGGAGAAGGCGGAUCAGUGACCGACUCGGGUGUGGUGAUUGUCACUACAGAUGAAGAAGGUUCUCUUACAACCAUGACAUCGAUUAUUCCACCUAACGUCUCCCCAUCUGCUAGUAUCUCUGAGUAUCCUCCAUUGACUACUUUCACUUCGACCUGGACUACUUCUGAUGAAAAUGGUGAACCUGUUACAAACUCUGGGGUUAUUAUUGUGACUACAGAUGAAGAUGGAGCCUUGACAACUACAACAUCGAUUAUCCCUGCCCAAAGCACUCCUGUCGAAACGUCUUCUGUUUCGCCUCCAUUUACAACUUACACUACUACCUGGACUACUUCUGGUGAGGACGGUUCGCCUGUGACUGACUCAGGUGUUGUUAUAGUUACAACUGAUGAAGAAGGAUCUUUGACGACCACCACAUCUAUCUUUCCUCCCGCUGGAACCUCUUACACUACUACUUGGACUACCACUGGAGACGAUGGACACUCUGAGACCAAAUCUGGUAUUGUCAUUGUUACUACUGAUGAAGAUGGUGCUUGGACAACUACGACUUCUCAGUUCCCCGCUGAAAGCUCUCCAGUUUACCCAACCUUUACGACAUUCACGUCUACUUGGACUACGGCAGAAGAAGACGGCUCCCUGGAAACCAAAUCUGGAGUAAUUAUUGUGACGACUGAUUCUGAUGGCUCUUAUACCACCAUGACUUCUAUAAUUCCUGAUACUUCGGAUCCAUGGACUACUUUCACCAGUACGUGGACUACCAGUGGUGAAGAUGGAAGUAUUGAGACGAACUCUGGUGUCAUUAUUGUGACAACUGAUUCUGAUGGUAGUUUGACUACAAUGACAUCCAUGUUCCCUCCAGAAGAGACAGCCUCGUACUCCUCCAAGCUGAUGCCAGAUUACUCUUCUGCUAUUUCGUCAUUGACUUCACCAGAAGUGCCUUCGUUGACAACGUAUACCACGACUUGGACCACUACCGAUGAUAAGGGUGAGACUACUACGCCUUCUGGUGUGGUAAUUGUCACUACUGACGAAGAGGGCUGUUUGACUACAAUUACUUCAACCAUUUCGGAGGAGUGUAUCACUUCUAGUGUAAGUGAUGGAGGUGUUGGCUCUUUGUCGUAUACAUUCCCUAGCAGUGAAGCUUCUGGCUCUUCAUCUGAUGUACCAGAUGACUCUUCUUCGGUUGGUGUACCAGAUGGUUCUGUUUCUUGUACUGAGUGUUCUUCAUUCACUACGACAUGGACAGUUACCAAGACUGACGGUGAAUGUGAGACUGAUUCUGGUGUGGUUAUUGUGACAACAGAUAGUGAUGGCUGUAUUACUACGACAACUUCCAUUAUCGAUUGCACUACAGGAGUUUCGACAGAUGCUGGAGAAGCGCCAGAGACACAUUCAGUCACAGUUACAGAUUCUAAUGGAGACUUGACAACUUCUCCUGUCUUACCUUCGCUGACAACGUCUACAAGCUGUUUGGAAUCUCCUUCGUGUACGACAUUCACAACCACAUUGACACUGGUUGAUGAUGAAGGAUGCACGAUUACAGAGUCAGCCGUUUGCAUCGUUUCUACUGAUGAACAUGGCACAGUUACUACUACCACAUCGUUGAUCUGCCCAUCGUGUUCCUCUUACACUUCAACUUGGGCAACGACUUGCGAAGAUGGUAAGGUUGAAACCGAUUCUUGUAUUGUCAUUGUCACCACUGAUAAGCAGGGCUCUCUUGUGACAAGUACUUCUAUGUUACCUGAGAAAACUCCAAGUCCAGACCACCCUGUUCCUGACCAUCCAGAGACGACUGUUCUUUCUCAUGGCAUCCCUAUAACUCACGGUCUCCAGUCAUCUAAACGUGUUCCGGUCGGAUCUCUGACUUUUGUUACUACCAGAGAAGAUGGUCAUGUCAUGACUGUUGCUGGUGAAGUCUUUGAAACAACUAUUGAGGGUAAGGUUUCAAGUUACACUUCUGUAUAUUCUCCUAUUGAAGAAGCUCACGGAAGCCAACCAACUAAAGAUAAAGGUGGAGACCAUACACUGGAAGCUGUCAUUGUUGGAACUGACUCUAAUGGACAUACCUAUACAACUGUUGCAGGACAGGCAACUGCUCCAAACAAACCAGAAGCUGGAAAGGCUGGACCUGAACCUCAUUCAGAACAGGGUGAACAAGAUACCACAGUUGAUCUUGGAUUCCCAACAUCCUUGGAAUCGGUGUACGUAUCUAGCUCACUCGAGCCUCAGAGUGUUUCUACGUUUGCUGGAGCUGGCUCCUUCUUACGUACCACGUUUGAGUGGCUUCUUCCAUUGGCUGUUUUGGUCCUUUAA